AUGGCUUCACGGAGAAUCGUUUCGUCUUUGAUUCGAUCCUCACUCCGUCCAUCUCCAUCCAGAUCCUCCAUCACCGCCUCAACAUCCAGACUUCGUGCUUCUCCUUCCCCGUCCGCUUACUUUCUCAACCGUGUAACGGAAUAUGCCACAGCUGCUGCUGCUGCAGCUCCCGCUCCUCCUCCGGCUAGGAAAAUUCCCGCUGCUGAUGGAAAGAUUACCGAUGAACGUACAGGGAAAGGUUCCAUUGGACAUAUUUGUGCGAUCAUUGGUGCUGUAGUGGAUGUGAGAUUCGAAGAUGGAGUGCCUCCGAUCCUUACCGCGCUUGAAGUUCUUGAAGGUAAUAUACGGAUUGUGUUGGAGGUUGCUCAACAUUUAGGUCAGGGUGUUGUUAGAACUAUUGCUAUGGAAGCUACUGAAGGUGUUGUUAGAGGAUGGCGCGUGCUCAAUACCGGUUCUCCCAUCAAUGUUCCCGUUGGCAGGGCUACCCUUGGACGAAUCAUGAAUGUUAUCGGAGAACCUAUCGACCACAAAGGAGAAUUCAAAACCGAGCAUUAUUUGCCCAUUCAUAGAGAGGCUCCUGCUUUUGUUGAGCAAGCAACUGAACAGCAGAUCCUUGUUACUGGUAUUAAGGUUGUUGAUUUGCUUGCACCAUACCAAAGAGGAGGAAAGAUUGGGUUGUUUGGUGGUGCUGGUGUAGGAAAGACUGUGCUUAUUAUGGAGCUUAUCAACAAUGUUGCUAAGGCUCAUGGUGGUUUCUCGGUUUUUGCCGGUGUUGGAGAAAGAACCCGAGAGGGUAAUGAUUUGUACCGAGAAAUGAUUGAGAGUGGUGUCAUUAAGUUGGAUGAUAAGCAGAGUGAAAGCAAAUGUGCUCUUGUGUAUGGUCAAAUGAACGAGCCACCUGGUUCUCGUGCCCGUGUUGGACUUACUGGACUCACUGUCGCCGAACACUUCCGUGAUGCUGAAGGACAAGACGUGCUGCUUUUCAUCGACAACAUUUUCCGCUUUACUCAAGCAAACUCAGAGGUGUCUGCUUUGCUUGGUCGUAUCCCAUCUGCUGUUGGUUACCAACCAACAUUGUCUACUGAUCUUGGAGAUCUUCAAGAGCGUAUUACAACCACCAAAAAGGGUUCAAUUACCUCUGUCCAAGCUAUCUAUGUGCCUGCUGAUGAUUUGACAGAUCCUGCUCCUGCUACCACCUUUGCUCAUUUGGAUGCUACAACAGUGUUGUCGAGACAGAUCUCCGAGCUUGGUAUCUAUCCUGCUGUCGAUCCAUUGGAUUCCACAUCUCAAGUUUUCACUGGUGCCCCUGGCAAAUAUGUUGACUUGAAGGAGAACAUUGCUAGUUUCCAGGGUGUGUUGGAUGGAAAAUACGACGCCCUUUCAGAGCAGGCAUUUUACAUGGUUGGUGGUAUUGAAGAGGUCAUUGCAAAGGCUGAGAAGAUUGCUAAAGAAAAUGCAUAA